AUGGUUGCGGCGCUUGUUCAUCAAUGCAUAAGCCCUUUACCGGCGCGAUUCAACCGGAGAAACAUGCAGAAGCUUAGUCAUUAUCCCAUUAUUUCCUAUGUUCUUACAAAGACAACAACCAAUACAAAGACAUCAACUGAUGACUCCAAGAAUGUUUACAAAGAUAACUGGUUUGAUCUUCUUGCCAUUAAUCAUAUCUCCAGAAACUUACAAGCUUCAAUAGGAUUUAGAAGCAGCAAGGGGGGAUAUGAUGGCUUUGUUGAAGCUGCAACAAUGGCGACAAAGUUGUUUAGUCCAACUGAGCAGCAGAAAAUUGUUAAUCAAACACUUGAUAUAGCCUUCCCCAGGCCUAUACUUAACAUGGCAAGUUCAUUUUAUCAAUAUAUUUGA